CAGGUGGCUUUUGUCAGAUUUUAUCUCAGUACAAUCUUUUAAUUGUAUGCAGGUUUUGAAAUUGAAAUAAGAUACAGUAACGAUUUGAAUGCAAAUUGCUGUUUGUAAAACAAUCGAUGGCUGGACAGAAUGGAGACAUCGUUUUACCACAAACCUACGUGGUCAAGUACCUGGGCAGUCGAGACGCUAGAGGCCUUUGGGGGAUCAAACACACGCGACAUCCUGUGGACGAAUUAGUAGCCGCCGCACGAUCCCUACCACCGGGUACGACCUUGCCUUAUCUACGCCUGGAAGUUUCAGGGAAAGGUGUUCACCUGUCAGCGAUGCCACAAAACCAGAACCAGAAUUUUGAACCUGGACUUUACCCCAUAGAGUCUAUCUCUUAUGGCGUCCAAGAUCUCGUGUACACAAGAGUAUUCGCCAUGAUCGUCGUCCGAGAUGGCGGUAACAUGCUUGAGAAGCAUCCUUUCUUGUGCCACGCCUUCGUUUGUGACAGCCGGCAGAAUGCCAGGUCACUCACUCUCACACUGGCAAAGGCGUUCCAGGACUAUUCCAGGUCAGUGAAGGGUCUGCCGCCGCCUCGGAAGUUUGCGAUCGACCUUAGAAGUCAGGAGGAGAUACAGGCGGAUCUGGACAUACCGCAAGAGUCGCAUGCGUAGCGAACCAUGAAAUUGCAGCAGAUCUUUUUCUUUUCUUUUUUAUGAACUGACUGUAUUAUAAGCGUAUGUAUGUUUGUCAUCCAAGUUACUGAAUAGAAAAAACCAGAUGACGGGCUGUUGUUAGUUCUUUUCGUUUAACUGGAGUACACUUCUGAUGCUGUAGCAAAGAAAAAGAGACGAACUUCAGUCUGGAAGAAGUAGAUGUUCUGUGAUGUAGGAUAUAGAAUACAAUCGUACCUGAUUAUAAAUCUUAAUAUAUGAAAUUAAUACUUUGGAAUGCUUAAAGCAAGGCUUCUGAAUCUUUGGGUCAUUAACUUUCAGAACAUUUUCACUAAUAUAUUUUAUUAUUAAUGGUCAAAAUGGAGAGAAACUAUCAUGACUUUUAAUGUUUCGUUUGAUUUGUCAAAAGAAAAAAAAACUCCAAAUUAAUAAACUUUUUUUUUAUUUAUCGUUGUUAAAAAGCUCGCUUUUUUUACCCCAUAUAUGCACAAUUUAAGGUCAUAAAAGUUUUUUUAAGUCACAAAAGGAUCGACAGUCUCAGAAGCCCUGAUUUAAAAUAAAUUAAUUAGAACAUUCUUACUAAGCACUCUUCCAGAGACUUUGAAUAUCUUUCCUUUAGGCAUUUAAAGACUUAGGUCUUUUAUGAAGUGAAAAUCCUUUACCGCCUUUUCGUGAAUUCUUUGAAAGCUUCUAGCGAGAAAAGAUGUUGUUUCAACAUUCACCUUGGCAGCUGGCUCUGUUUUCACCUCUUUAUAAUUCCAGCGUUAUCACGAGAAAACGUUUGGAGGUAAUCUCUUUGAAAUAUCUUGAGGAAAACGUGGUUAUUAUUUAUCUCACAAAUAAUCCUUGGAAAUUCUUAAAACUUAAAAUAAUAUUACCUCACAAAAUUUAAACUGAAAAAGUAGAAGUAAAGUUGAAAAGUAGUUAUAAGUACAAAAAUUAAUCAAAAUACUGAACCAGAUAUUUAAUAAAUUUCAUAUAUUUUCAUUUAUUAAAAAUAUUUCCGAAUUAAUAUUUAAAUAAAAUUUUAAAUUAUCUCUUUCAUGUAACAGGCAUAUUUUUAAACAUAUACACAGGUUUUAUUUUCGAUUUUCGUGUAAUGUUUCUUUCUGAGCGAAAAUUGGAAUAACGCAACUUUAUUUCUAUAUAAAUAAAAUAAAAAUCACAUAAAUAUUUAUACAUUGAACACUUUUUAAAAUUUUGUUGCGUAAUUAAAGUCUUUGUUUCUAUCCGUUGUUUCGUUUAUCGUUUUAUUGUUUAAAGCAUUUAGAAUUUUUUUUUCAAUCUUUGAAAUUUUAUUUUUAAAAAGGUCGUAAUAAUGCAUCAAAAAUAUACAUUAUUUACUUUUAUUAGUAAUUUUUGUUGUUGUUAGUAGAAAAUUGACGUUGUUAAAUAUACAAUAUCUUUAAAAACAGAAAACAAUGCGUUGCCGGCACAGAGCCAAAACUUUCUGAACAAGAAUGCUGCCAAUUAUUGAUUCUUCAUACGAAUAGAAAGAAAAAAAAAACCAAAAUAAUAAUUACUAAGCAAAAAAAAAAAAAAAAGAAUAAUUUAUUUAUGGAUUUAAAAGAAUUUUUACGAUGAUUGUGAAUUUAAAAUUAACAUAUCCUGAUCGUUAUAACAAUAAUUUGAUUCCCAAACGAUAUUUUACUUCAUUUUAAAUACGAAUAUAUAAGUUUAAUGUAUAAUGCUUUAGUUUGAAUUUUUUAUUCUUGUAUUUUGAAUUAAUAUUAACAUAAUUUUGUAUUUCAUCUGGGAAAUUUCACUGACGUGCUAAAAUGAUGUAUUUUUUGUUAUAAAGUUUUGAUGUUGUUUAUAUUGCAUUUGAAUUUAUAAUCUUGAAUCAUACUGCAAUUUCUGCAUCUUCAAAACAUGUACCAAAAUAGGAGUGGCAUUUAUGAAUAUGUAUUGUUGAAACUGAAAUUGUACAUAUAAAUAUUUUAGCAUAAUAAAAC